CCCCAGCAUCAGUCUCGAAAAUCCUUCUGUGCGUGCAGAGGUUGCUAACGCGCGCCCGUGCCAACGACCACGCGGCGUAUACGCAACGCCACGUAGAAAAAGACGAAAUUCGCGCGAUAAGCGAAUCUGCCCGAAAGUCUAGCAAAAGUCUCCGCCACGGGAUGAUGCAUGAGCCGAGCCGGGAAUUUAAUAUGCACGCUCUCGCUCUCGCUCCCGCUCCCCAGUGCCAUAAGCAACUCCUUGUUUAAAUACUGCAGAACCGGAGCUGGCAGCAGUGAAAGUGCAGCGUUAAUUUGCCCAAUAAAAUGCAGCCUGGAACACCCAUCGUCCCAGCCAUGAGGAACUAGCGUCGCGGCCAUAAAUAUCAGCAGCAGCCCCCGAGCAGGGAAAAGAGCCAUUCGUGACAAGACAAAGAAAGAAGGAAAGUCGUCGGGGAAAGCCAGGGGACCGCAGCAGGGAGCGUGCCGCAUUUAGAGGCAGUCAAACUGCCAGCCGUCGGGCACAUCGCUUCCUGCCUUCUGCUCCUGCCUUCCGCUGAUGGUGUUGCUCCAGCUCUGAGCCGAGCAUUUCCGUUUCUUAUCGCGGCAAUGUAAACGCGUUUCCGUUUAAUGCUCAGCAUCAGCAUCAGGCACACCCACAGUUCCAGUCGCAGUCUGGGAGCGACAUUAAACUAGAAGCUCUGGUCUGGAUUACAAGUAAAUUGGAAAGGAUUUGAAGAUGAGCCAGCAGUCGGCGGUGGUGCUGAUGCUGCGUCUGCUCGGCGCCCUGCUUCUGGCCACUUUUAAUGGUUGGCUGCCAGCGGAGGGACUGCACCUGUCCAGCCUCUCCGUUCCGCGCAUUAUCGAUGUGGCGCAGAAGGCGAAGCUCUUCUGCAGCUACGAAAUGGGAAAUCGGACGCUGAACUCCGUCAAAUGGUACAAGGAUGGGCUGGAGUUUUUCAGAUACUCGCCACUAACACCGCCGACAACAAAUUGGUUCCCCGUGAAAGGUGUCACCAUCGCCGAAGGUUCGUCGCAUUGCAAUCAAUUCAUCUGCAACGUGGAACUGGAGAAGCUCAACAUCCACUCGUCCGGACAGUAUCGAUGCGAGGUGUCCGGCGAUGCGCCCGAGUUCAAGCUGAUCGAUCAGACGGCCAAUAUGACAGUCGGUGUCUUGCCCAAAUUCGAUCCAUUCAUAUCGGGUGUGCGCCACGCCUAUAAGUAUCACGACACUCUAAUGGCCAAUUGCAGCUCGGAAUGGUCGAGUCCGGCGGCCAAACUCAUGUGGUACAUCAACAACAAAACGGCGCCCCAGCACAGCCUGCAGCCUCAAGUCAACGAGAUCACACGCAACGUCGAAGGAUUCCCCCUGUUUGCCAGCAACCUGCAGCUGCGCCUCCACCUGGACGACCAGCGCUUCAUCAGCAAAAGCGAGAUGCUGGAGCUGCGGUGCGGCGCGGACAUCAUGGGCCUGGCCAGUGCACGCCGCGAGAGCCGCGUGCGGACCACCGUCCUGGCCCUCAAGGAUGCCGGCACCAACCAGCGCUUCACCGAAAACGGUUCCUGCAUCAGCGGCCGCCCAGCCUCGCUAGCCGCCUGGCUACUGGGCCUUGUCCAAUUGAUGCGAUGGCACCGCUCCCAGAGUUAGUGGCUGGCCUUAAUGGGCGCCCUCUUUGUGGCCUAAGUUUCCAGGACUCACCCACAGAUACAGGUACAGGUACAGGUACAGGUCAAGGUGCAGGUGCAUACGCAGACGGAGGCGAAAAAUCAAUCGGGCUCUUCGCACCACUUCGAGCCAAUAGAAAAGUUAACAGCCUAGGCAGCCAACAGUUGAAUGUGUAUAUAGUCGAAAUUGAAUUAGUCUAGGACCGUGCAGGAAGCUCAUCCAUUUCCUAUAAGUGUAAUGCAACAUUUGUUUAUGUGUUUGUGUUUGUGUUAUGUGUAAGCAAACAAGAGAAACCCGAAACCCCGAAACCCAAAAAUUGAUAAACCGAAAAACCAUAACACAAAACGAGAAAUCUCGAAAUGUGAAAUGAAAUAUAUAUGAUCGUAAAUAUAGAUAUCUAAACUAAAAGUAAAUUUGCUACUAAAUACAUAUAUGUAUGUAAUGUAUGGUAUACUCGUACUCGUAUGACAAAAUAUUCCAAUAGCGGAGGCAACACGAAUGAAUAUCAACAAAUUUACACAUGAAUAUUUGAGCACAGAACGGAACACACACAAUCAAUGGCAAGUAAAUCUAAUUAUUGUAUGUGAAUUGUUAAUGUAUUAAAUGAUGUAUGAAGAAUAAAUAAACACGAAUAAAAUGCCAAAAUGCA